AUGUCCCCGCCAGAUCUGGACAUGCAGGCGCUGCAGCAUCUCAGAGCCCAAUUCUCUCAAGCACUGAAGGACUUUGCUUCUUCGUCGUCUUCAUUCUGCAUCCUACACUCAAUCCCGCCACCCACCGCGAUUCCGACCCCGUCAAAUCCGAUCGUCACACGCACACUCUACCUUCUAGACUCGAGUUUCAAUCCGCCUUCAAAGGCACAUACAAGCCUGGUAAAAACGGCGUUGAAAUCGCGACGAGAUUCGAGCUCGGUGAUCAGAGACCAGAUUCCGAGAGUCCUGUUUUUGCUGGCCACGGUGAACGCAGACAAGAAGCCCCAGCCCGCCGACUUCGAGGAUCGCCUUGUUAUGAUGGCAUUGGCGGCCGAAGAUCUGCGGUCCAACUUCUCCUCCAGUUCUGCUUUGGCCGGGUCUGCGCAAUCGAGUACUGGUGACCCUGACAUACCAGUCCCGAUAAUCGACAUUGGCAUCACGAAGGAGCCCUAUUUCAUCGAUAAGGCCACCGCGAUCGAUUCAAGCGGCAUCUACCGUCCCCCAGGCUACAAACGUUUGUCAACAUCCUCCAGCUCGGGAGAAGAUGGCGGGAUCGUCGAACAAAUCCACCUCACAGGCUUCGACACCCUGCUCCGGAUCUUCACGCCGAAAUACUACCCAAAUUACCACCCGCCGUUGUCGGCAUUAGAGUCCUUCCUUCGGAACCACCGCUUACGGGCAACCAUACGAGUCGACGCGAACAGUCCGUCGCAAAACCUCAAGGGCGCACAAAAGGCCCAACCGGAAUCGAGUCGGGGUGCAGCUGGCUCCGAAGUACCUGACCUGACGACGAUCGCCGGGCAAGAGGCGUACUUGCAGGGCAUUAAAAACGGGGCGCUGGAGAAGGACGGGCUGAAGCGAGAGUGGGCGGAGAGGGUGGAAUUGGUGGUAGACGAAUCCGGGGAGACGGAAGGCGUGAGCAGUACGAAGAUACGAGACGCCAUGAAGAAAGGGGACUGGGACGAGGUCAAAGGGUUGGUAGGCCACAGGGUAGGAGAGUGGAUCAGGUAUAGGAGUCUGUAUUUAGAGGAGGACGAGCAAGACGAUGCAAAACGUUAA